GGCGGGCCGCCGGCGGCCGAAGCGUUGAGGAUGUUGGUCCGGUGCUGUUGGGGUCCUCCUUUGGCUCAUGGCGCCAGGCGCGGGAGGCCGAGUCCCCAGUGGCGAGCACUGGCCCGAUUCGGCCAGGAAGACUGCCGGGACUCCAGAGUCCGCGAGAAGCCUCCCUGGCGGGUGCUCUUCUUCGGCACGGACCAGUUCGCCCGCGAGGCGCUGCGGGCGCUUCACGCCGCCAGGUACCCGGGCCAGGGAUCCGGGGACCCGGCAGCUGAAGGCCUCCAGGCCGCGCCCGGGCGGCCGGCCCCGAGGGUUUUGAACUUCUGGUUGCGGAAAGCAUGGGCGGCAGAGCGGUGUGGGCGCAGAUCUCGGCGUCUUCUGGAGCCCGGAAGGGAAAACAAAGAGGAAGAGUUAAUCGACAAACUGGAGGUGGUCACAAUGCCUUCCCCAUCAUCAAAAGGACUGCCAGUGAAGCAAUAUGCUGUGCAGUCUCAGCUUCCCGUAUACGAGUGGCCGGACAUGGGAUCUGGAGAAUAUGAUGUUGGAGUAGUGGCUUCGUUUGGCCGACUUUUGAAUGAGGCUCUUAUUCUUAAAUUUCCCUAUGGCAUAUUGAAUGUUCAUCCCAGUUGCCUCCCGAGAUGGCGUGGCCCAGCGCCUGUAAUCCAUACAGUGCUUCACGGAGACACAGUUACUGGAGUAACAAUUAUGCAAAUUAGACCUGAAAGGUUUGAUGUAGGCCCAAUUCUCAAACAAGAAACUGUUCCUGUGCCACCCAAGAGCACUGCAAAGGAAUUGGAAGCAGUGUUGUCAAGACUGGGUGCCAACAUGCUCAUUUCAGUUUUGAAAAAUUUGCCUGAAAGUCUGAGCAAUGGAAGGCAGCAGCCAACGGAGGGGGCGACUUAUGCCCCUAAGAUUUCUGCUGGUACCAGUUGUAUAAAAUGGGAGGAACAAACUUCAGAACAAAUAUUCAGACUUUACCGUGCCAUUGGAAAUAUAAUUCCGUUGCAGACGCUCUGGAUGGCGAACACCAUUAAACUUCUGGAUUUGGUAGAAGUUAACAGUUCAGUCCUUGCUGAUUCAAAAUUAACGGGACAGGCUCUUAUUCCAGGAUCAGUAAUAUACCACAAACAGUCACAAAUACUGUUGGUUUAUUGCAAGGAUGGUUGGAUUGGUGUUCGAUCAGUGAUGCUCAAGAAAGCACUAACAGCUACUGACUUCUACAAUGGAUAUUUGCACCCCUGGUACCAAAAAAAUUCCCAAGCUCAACCAAGCCAAUGCAGAUUUCAGACUCUCAGACUCCCAACAAAGAAGAAGCAGAAAAAAACUGUUGCUAUGCAACAAUGCAUUGAGUAGUUAGGAAGAAGAUGAAUAACAACCUAUUACAUAUUUGUAAUUUAUUAAAAACCUUAUUUACAAGGAAUUAUCUGGACUUUUUUUUUUUUUUUUUUGAGACAGAGUCUCACUCUGUCACCCAGGCUGGAAUCCAGUGGCACUAUCUCAGCUCACUGCAACUUCCGCCUCCCUUCAAGCGAUUCUCCUGUCUCAGCCUCCUGAGUAGCUGAGAUUACAGGCAUGUGCCACCACACCCAGCUAAUUUUUGUAUUUUUAGUAGAGAUGGGGUUUCACCAUGUUGGUCAGGCUGGUCUCGAACUCCUGACCUUGUGAUCUGCCCACCUCAGCCUCCCAAAGUGCUAUGAUUAGAGGCGUGAGCCACCGUGCCUGGCCUGGAAUUAUCUGGACUUUCAAAGAAGAUGGCACUGUUAGAAGAAGAGAAGAUUAUUGUUGAAAAGAUGGAUUGCCUCACUUUCUACUUUUUAUGUAAUAAUAGUUAAAAAGCAGCUUUUUUUAACUUGAAUUACAAAAAUGUUUAAAUAAAACUUGUAUUUAUGAUACCAAA